ACCCCUGCAGGUUACCGACCACCGGUCGCCACAAGAAUUGGCUCCUUCCGGGAGGCGCAUGCGAGCCCUCCCUUUGCUGUCUCGGGUCCAGUGGACUUCUCCUCUGCGCCCAGCCAGCUGUUGUCUUCAUCCUCCGCAGGCAAAUUCUCCUUGUCCUCUCUGUCAACUUUAGGCCAGUCAACUUUACACUUCCUAUCUCCUUCUGAUUCGGAGCCCCUAAGACACCAGACACAGAAAACAGUCCAAGCCAAGCAUGUCGCGCCUCCACAUGGACGAUGACGCGCCUUGUGUCAUCUCUUGGAGCAAGGUGAGCCUUGUGAUCGGCGACGACAUGGCAGUGUUCGGAUUUUACAAGCAGCGCCUUAAAUCCAUCCCGCAAACCGCUUGCGAGGAGAUUGCAAAGGCUUUUGUGAAGCUGAUGGCACCGAACCUGUACACUGGCAGCGACAGUUCCGCCCCAGGAUGGUGGCCGAAGGACAGGGUGCGCUAUAUUGACCCGGCAGACCAGUCGGACGAAGCGCGCCCAUCUUCUAGCCUGUAUCCUGAGAUUGGUCAGCAAGAACCAACAUCCCGACAUCAGGGAGCCGGAUAUCGACAUCGAGAGACUGAAGACCGCCGCCAUCGACUCCGAGUCGCUUUCGGAUUUCUUCGGAGAUACUAAGAGGCCGAGCAACGCAAAGAAAAAGCGUAUUGUCGAGGAGCUCUUCCAGGUCGCCUGGAACGAAGGAAGGUAUACAAAAAACGAAAUAGAUAGUACUUGCAUGGUCUUCGUACCCCCGACAAUAUUGUCACAAACUUUUUCUCUAAGGAUAACAUUGAAGAGGAAGACAAGGACGAAUCUUCUAUGUAGCACUUGGCACGGCACGGACUUGGCACGGGCACAAUGCAACUUCAAUUUCAAGAAGAAGGCCUCCUUUAUCAACAUCUCAUGCACAUGUACGGCCGGUCACCGGUAU